AUGUCUCACACUAAUGAAUCAAUGGUGUCUGAGUUUGUGCUUUUGGGACUCUCUAAUUCUCAGGAACUUCAGCUUUUCUUUUUUGCCAUCUUCUCUAUAGUUUAUGUGACAUCAAUAUUGGGAAAUGUCAUGAUUAUUGUCAUAAUUUUCUGUGACUCCCAUUUGAACUCUCCUAUGUACUUCCUGCUCAGUAACCUUUCUUUCAUUGAUAUUUGCCAGUCUAACUUUGCUACUCCCAAGAUGCUUGUGGACUUUUUUGUAGAACACAAGACUAUCUCCUUUGGGGGCUGCAUGACCCAAAUAUUCCUUCUUCAUAGUUUUGUUGGGAGUGAGAUGAUGCUACUUGUAGCUAUGGCAUAUGACAGAUUUAUAGCUAUAUGUAAGCCCCUGCACUAUAGCACAAUCAUGAACCGGAGGCUUUGUAUAAUUUUUGUGUCUAUUUCCUGGGCAGUGGGUAUUCUUCACUCUGUGAGCCACUUGGCUUUUACAGUGAAUCUGCCAUUUUGUGGUCCCAACGAGGUAGAUAGCUUCUUCUGUGACCUUCCCCUAGUGAUAAAGUUAGCUUGUAUGGAUACAUAUGGGAUGGAAAUUAUAACUCUAACUAACAGUGGCCUGAUAUCAUUGAGCUGUUUCCUGGCUUUACUUAUUUCCUAUACUGUCAUUUUGAUCACAGUUCAACACCAGUCCUCCAGGGGGUCAUCUAAGGCACUUUCUACAUUAACUGCCCAUAUCACGGUGGUCAUUCUUUUCUUUGGGCCUUGUAUUUAUUUCUAUAUAUGGCCUUUUAGCAGGUUUUCUGUGGAUAAGUUCCUUUCUGUCUUCUACACUGUUUGUACACCCUUGUUGAAUCCCAUUAUCUACUCUUUGAGGAAUGAAGAUGUUAAAUCAGCCAUGUGGAACUUGCAAAACCAUCAUAUAAACUCCUGGAAAGAGUAA